AAGGAACCUGUUGGGAGGAACUCAGGAGUGCAAGAGGGCCAGAAAAGACCAGGAGUCAGACAGAGGACUAAUCCAGCUGGAGAGGCACUUCUUAGCAUCGACAGCUCCAGCCAUGUUCAACUACCUAGCAGUAGAGGUGAGACCCCAGUUCCACCGCAGCUAUGGGAGCCAGCAAGGGGUGUCUGGGCCACUGAAGAACCGACUUGAGCAGCUGAAGAAGCCAUGGUGGAGGGAGCCCACCCCACUGGUGCUCCAGCACAGUGAAACAGCCAGGCUUGCCAUAGACGCCUUCCUUGAGCAAGGGGAACGCGGCUACCUGAGCGCCAUCGCUGAGGAACGGGAGCUGCCUUUUCUUUCCAGCCUGGACAUGGAAUAUAUGAGCCAUCAGAGAAACCAAAGCUUUUCAGAUCCCAAUGCGAUGAAAGACAAAGAGGCUGACCCUGGUGAUGACAGGUCCUCCCUCAACUCCGAACUAACAUCUGGCACCUACUUUCCGCUCAUGUCUGAUGUGCACCCUCCAGAGCUGGAGCUGGGGUGGCCAGGGACACCACUGCUCACAGUGUCUGGCCAGACUCAAGCCACUGUGAUUUUCCAAAGAAACAAAGCUAACAGCAUUAAGGAUUUGCUCCGGUCUCUGAUCAGCCGGGCACGGACGGUGAUAGCAAUUGUGAUGGAUCUGUUUACAGACAUGGAAAUACUGUGUGACCUGCUGGAGGCCUCAAGCAGACGCCACGUCCCUGUUUACCUGAUCCUGGAUGAAGAAUACUUGAAGCAUUUUGUGGAAAUGUGCAAUAAAAUGGCUCUUACUCAGGACAGCUUCCCAAACAUGCGCAUCAGAUGUUUGAGUGGAGACACAUACUACAGCAAAGCAGGCAAGAAAUUUGCAGGCCAGGUUCUGGAGAAGUUUAUCAUGAUUGAUUGUGACCAAGUUCUUGCUGGUACAUACAGUUUCACCUGGCUUUGCAGCCAAGUCCACACCAGCCUGGUGACCCACUUCCGUGGUCAAAUUGUUGCCGAGUUUGACAAGCAAUUCCGGUACUUGUAUGCAGAGUCCAAAGCAGUGACCAGCUUCUGUGUGCCAGAUCCCGGAACAUGCCCCUCUUCUCAGAAUACCUCAAAAUUUGCCAACUCCCUUUUAAAACCCGCCCAGGUGAACGAGGCUGAAACCUUGAGUCCCUCCAGCAGCCUUUCCAACGUAAGCAUCAGAAGCAUAAAAAUGUCUCCCUUCCUGAAAAACUCCAGCUGCAAUGUCCACCAGGAAAAGCAAGAUUCAAACUCUGAUUCUGGUAAUAAGAAGGGGAAGGAAGACACAUCUCUGAAGCCCACUUGCCCUAAACAGCAAGGAGAACCACCAGACUCACCAAACAGUCCUCCAAAUGAAUCCACCCCAGCUUUGUAUGACAAAUCAAAUCUUGUGACAGCAAGGACAUUCCUGCAGCUGGAGCCUUCCCCUGCCCUGAGCUCUGAUAAACCUGGUUAUCAAGGGGACAAUAAGGCUAACAGCAGCCACUGCUCCCCGGUGAGACAGGAGCAGACCUUGCAGUCCCUUUCAGAAGGUGCCAGCAGCAAUGGGACAAGCACGAAGCAGAAAGGACCUGUUGGUACCUCCAGGGAAGCGACAGCAGAAGAUGACAACACUUUUUAUGGGAUGGAAAAAAGAGAGAGUCUCGGACAAGGCAAAUUGGACCUGCUAUCCUCAUACAACCAGGUGAAACGAGAUAAAAAGCCUGUGGUUCCUUGCUAUGACAAAGUCCCCGAGGACAUGCUGAUGGAGAAGAACAGCGCGUACGGGGCAGAGAAAAGAAUGACUCUGGGGCACAGUAAGCUGGAUCUGAUCACCAAGUACAACAAAUUAAAAUCUAAACACGUACACAGUCGGUUCGAACUCUGA